CUGCUGACUGGAUUCUGUUUGUUUAUUGAAGGUGUUGAGAUGAGGAGGAUCACAGACUCCCACACGCCUUCCAGCCGUACGGUGAACACCACCCUCUACUACAUCCUGUCCUCGUCCACGGCGCCCCUGCUGGACCACCGUCUGAGUAACGAGGAGCGCGCGCACCUCGAGUCCAGCCUCAACUACGCCGACCACUGCUUCAGCGGCCACGCCACCAUGCACGCUGAGAACCUCUGGCCCGGCAGGGUGAGCAGCGCCGCUCAGAUCCUGCAGCUCGUCACCUUAUGGACCCUAACUCUGCAGAAGAGAGGCUGCAAGGUUCUGGUGGCGGCCGGCGCCCACGGAGCCAUGCAGGGCAUGGUGCUCAGCUUCGGGGGCCUCCAGUUCACUGAGAACCACCUCCAGUUCCAGGCAGACCCAGAUGUGCUGCACAACAGCUACUCCCUGAGAGGGAUCCACUACAACCGGGACCUGAUCAACCUGGCGGUGCUGCUGGACGCCGAGGGGAAGCCGUUCCUCCACGUGUCCGUGAAGCAGCAGGACACGCCGGUGAAGCUGUACGCCUGCGAGGCCGGCUGCCUCAACGAGCCCGUGGAGCUGACCUCAGAGGUCAAAGGUCACACCUUCCCCGUCAUGGUGACGCAGCCCAUCACGCCGCUGCUCUACAUCUCCACCGACCUGCGGCAUCUGCAGGACCUCCACCACACGCUGCACCUCAAAGGCAUCCUGGCCCACGAGGAGCACAUGGCCAACCGGUACCCCGGCCUGCCGUUCCUCUUCUGGUUCAGCGUGGCGUCGCUCAUCGCCCUCUUCCACCUCUUCCUCUUCAAGCUCAUUUACAACGAGUACUGCGGCCCCGGAGCCAAGCCCCUCUUCAGGAGCAAGGUAUAAACCUCGAGAACUCAAACUCUGAUCUGCUCCUGUCCCUCUGAGACGUUUCCUCCUCUCUCUGUCGGUUCAGACCUUUCUGUAGGGGUGUAACGAGACCUGCGCACUAAAGCAC